UUUAGAUGUUAAUUUUCAUUUCAUUAACUUUCAACAAAUGCGCUUUUUAGAUCUAAUGAAAAGUAAGAGCAAAGAUAAGCGUUAAAUAAAGUCAAAUAUUCUUUAAAAGAGUGUGGGUUCUUUAAAGUGCAAACCUAAUUAACCGUUUUCUUCUUUUCGUUGUUGAGGUAAAAACAAACCUGCCUUUAUUAAAGCAGUUUGCAGUUUUAUAUUUUAUGCUUUAUUACAAAAUGCAGCCACUACAUGUUGAGGAAAAGGCCUGCACUUAUUUCUAUUCUAUAAACAUAGAAUUAGACCAGAGAUAUAUCAGUGAGGAAAGAAACAGUUGACACAUCAUUACACGUGAUAAUCAUCACACACGCUAAUGCCUCAUUCUAUUCGAGGGAGAUUUUUAUUGACGAAAAUAAAAGCAAUGCUGAAAAUUUUCUUACUCUUUUAUUUUAGCAAAGCCGCCACAAAGGUAUGAUAAGCCCGACCAAAUGUAAACAGAGUACACUUGCUAAACUCUGACCGAGGCGAAGGUGACCGAGAAACAGACAUGACGACGAGCGUCAGUUUACUGGAACACACGCUCAACAACAGCAAUCCCGAAUGGUUGAAGACAAAGCCGCUGACACCGAUGGAGCAUGCCUACAUAUUCUUUUCACAGCCUUCUGAGGUCAUUAGCUUGACCCUCUGCUUGCUGUCUCUGCUGGCCAAUACCCUGUCCAUCGUGGCCACGGUGCUGGGCCCCGACCACAUGGUGACGCACCUCAAGCUGGUGAUCAGCCUUGGCCUGUCUGACGUCCUGCUCAGCGUCAGCGUGCUCAGCAACAUGCUGAACAACAUCUUCACCCAGUGGCCCAGCUACGAGGACGGCCCGCAGGACAGGCUGGUAUGGGCAUGCUCGAAGCGACUGGUCCUCGCUCUCAACACCAUGGCCUCCGUCAUCUCGCUGCUGAACCUGUUGGUUAUGGCCUUGGACCACUACGUCGCCAUCGUCAAACCCUUGCACUAUCCCCAUCUUCUAAACGGUGCCAAAGGCAACUCCAUCAUCUGCGUCAUAUGGUUCAUAGCCUUCCUGGGUGGCUGCUCUGUCUUUCUAGCGAACGUGUCCGAGUUCGCAGACGUCGCGCAGUAUAUUAACUACUGCGAAUUCACUGAAUAUUCUGACUACCAGGGAGAGUAUCUGGUGUUCUUCGUUGCGUUCGUAACUUUUUUCUUCAUUGUAUUCGUCUACAUCCGCAUCUACCUCGCAGCGCGAAGGCCUUACCGAGGAAGGGCUAACAACCCCAUGAAUUAUGCAAAAAACAGGAAGGCGCUGCUGACCACAUUUCUCAUCAUUGGAACGUUUGUCGUCUGCUGGCUACCGUCCUGCCUUUUUCAGAUCGCCCUGAUUAUACAGGUAAAGAAUCAAUCCCUCUAUUGAUAUAUUUUCGUAUCGAAACACAUCAUUCGUAAGAUUCUCUUAUUUACUGAUUUAACCAUCUAAAGAUCCAUUCAUUGCGAUUCUAAACAAAGAUAGGCUACGCGCGUGUGUGUGCGUGCGCGCGCUCAGGCUCGAAAACACAUUCACGUACACUACACGCGUACACACUCUCUCUGAUGCAGGAAAUGUUUAGGAGCUA